CUAUGAUGCCAUGUGCCCAAACACAAAAAACGGCACACUCACCUUCCUGGGGCUUCGUAACAUCCAUUAUUCAGUACACACCGUCCCUUAUUAAUACCUUACCCCCGGUUUGAUAAAACGCGUCGAAUCAGUAAUCACAAUCAUCACCCACCUCCGAUUUCAGAUCAAACGAUCCAAAUCUCAGCUAACCGGCCAUGGCAUCGGCGACGACGGCGUAUCUGACGGUCAUGGCUCUUUUGAUCACUGCAGUUGCAUCGGACACCCCUGCAACCGCAUACACCAACCACACUGUUGGUGGCACAGCCGGGUGGUUCUUCAACCUCUCCGCCAACUCCUCCGCCACCAAUUACUCUUCUUGGGCCGCCAAUCAAACCUUCAAUCUCGGGGACUUUCUGAUAUUCAACACGAAUACGAAUCUAACGGUGAUCCAAACCUACAACGAGACGACCUACCGAAGCUGCAGUAUCGACGAUUCAUUGGAUACCGACACGUUCCAGUACAACGGAGGGAGCAACCAGUUCAGCCAGGCAUUGGCCAUCGCCGUGCCGUUGACCAUCAAAGGUCCGAACUACUACUUCUCCGACGCCGACGACGGCGUGCAGUGCCAGAAGGGCAUGGCUUUCGAGAUCACGGUGAACCAGGGGCUCGGCCUCCCACCGAGCCUCAACCAACCUCCGCCUCCGCCCUACGUGGAGCCUCCGUCGUCGAAUGAUGCUCUAUCGCCGCCUAUCACGGUUGUCGGCAACCAGCCGAAUGGUGGUAGUGGUGCUAACGUGCGCUGGGUUGUUUUUGUUCUGUUAUACGGAGGUGCUUUUUUGUUAGUGUGAAGGUAGAAAAAGUAGACCCUGUCAUUUUGGUGAUUUGGUGGGCAACUUUAUAAUUUAAGUACAUGUGUCGGCUGGUCAGACAGGGAGAUAUAGUCAAAGUUGUUUGGAUUUGUGGGUAUGUUUGGUUGCGGAGAUAAUGUGAUAUUUCUCACGAUUGAUUUUCUUGUUUUUUUCACUAGAAGAUAUAUAUUUUUACCAGGGAAAAAAAACCAAUGGAAAUGAUAUACCUCAUGCUUAAUGGUUUUCUCAA